AUGGGGAAAAUGAAUCAUCAAUACUUGCCUUUAUUCCUUGCCUCUUGUUUCUUCUUCAUUUCUCAUUCUCAAACUUUCUCUAAUACUUCCUCUCAACAUCAUUGCCUCCCUGACCAAAGUGCUCAUUUGCUGCAACUAAGGCAAGAAUUUGUUGAAAAGAGAAUGUAUACUGAAUAUCCUGAGUACUAUAAUUACUAUUAUUACUAUGAUUACCCUGAUUACUAUAAUGGUUCUUAUCCAAAGGUGAAGUCUUGGAAGGCAGAUACUGAUUGCUGUUCCUGGGAUGGGGUCACAUGCGAUACACAGAAUGGUGAGGUUAUUGGCUUAGAUCUGAGCAAUAGUUGGCUUUAUGGGUCUCUCAACUCUAACAGCACCCUCUUUAGUUUUCGUCACCUUCGAAAACUCAAACUUGCCCUCAACAACUUCACUUUCUCCACAAUCCCAUCUGAAUUUGGUCAGCUUGUAAGGUUGACCCAUCUCAACCUCUCUCGUUCCUUCUUACAUGGCCGAAUCCCGUCGGAAAUUUCAUGGCUAUCCAAUUUGGUUUCACUUGAUCUCUCUUUCAAUUAUUUUGAAUACUUUGUUGGUGGUGAUUAUUAUGAGAAAUUGUUGGAUCUCAGAAGAAUUGAUCUUGAAGCACUUGUCCAGAACAUGACAUGUUUGAGAGAACUUCAUCUAGAGGACGUGAACAUUUCAUCCUCACUACCUCAAUCACUGGCAAAUUUGUCUUCCUUGACUUCUCUUUCUCUAUCUUCGUGCUAUUUGCAGGGUGAAUUUCCCUCAGAUAUUUUCCUAUUUCCCAAGAUACAAGCCAUUGAUCUGUCAUAUAACCCAAAACUCGUUGGUUUUCUUCCCAAAUUUCAAUAUCGUAGUUCCUUGAAGAAAUUAUGUCUUUUUGAUACAAUUAUUUUCGGGGAAUUGCCCAGUUCAAUCAGCAACCUCAAGUCCUUGAAUCAUUUGGAUCUUGGUUUCAGUAAUUUUUCAGGAGCAAUUCCCCCUUCUAUUGGAAACCUAUCACAGCUUACUUAUCUUUCCCUCUCAUAUAACAAUUUCCAUGGCCAGCUUCCAUCUACAUUAGAAAACCUCAAGUCUUUGAAAUAUUUGAAUCUUGGUUCAAGUAAUUUUUCAGGGGCAAUUCCCCCUUUUAUUGGAAACUUAUCACAGCUUACUUAUCUUUCCCUCUCAUAUAACAAUUUUCAUGGUCAGCUUCCAUCUACAUUGGGAAACCUUGCAAAACUCACUGCUCUGAAACUUAACAACAUCCUUUACUCUCAGGAAGUACCAUCUUUCUUGGGAAAUCUUACACAACUAGAAUUCUUAAGCCUUUCACAAAACAAUUUUAGCUGUGGCUUCCCAAUUUGGCUAACAAAUAAUACUAAACUCCGUUCAAUAGAUUUCUCGGGAAGUCAAUUGAAAGGGCCAAUCCCAUCCGAAAUAUGUAGGCUUCCUAAUUUGUCUGUCCUUGACUUGUCAUAUAACUCACUGACAAAGACCAUUCCCUCGGCUUUGUUUACAACCCCGUCAUUGUCUAUACUACAUCUAGAUUACAAUCAGCUCACUGGCCCUCUCAAAUUCCAAAACAUCUCUACAUCACCAUUAAAGGUCCUGAGUUUGGGUGAAAACAAAUUGAAUGAAUCAAUUCCAAGGUCAAUUGCCAAUUUCACUAAGCUACAGGAGCUAGAUCUUUUUUCGGUCAACCUAAAGGGCAAGGUGGAGCUAGACAUUUUCUUCGAGCUCAAAGAGCUUCGAGAUCUCGAUCUUUCAGGUAACAAAGUAAUGGUUUCAAAAACAAAUAUCCCUUCAACCAUCCCCAAAUUUUCAUAUUUGUAUUUGUCUUCUUGCGAUUUGCUUGAAUUUCCUAAAUUUCUAGAAGCCCAAAAUGAAUUGCAAUUUUUAGACCUUUCCAACAACAAAAUUGAAGGUGAAUUACCUAAAUGGUUUUGGAAUGUUGGAAAAGAGACAUUGGGUUACUUAAAUCUUUCUUUUAACCUUUUAAGCAAAUUUGAGCAUCCACCAAUAGUUCUUCCAUGGAAAAAAUUGUACCUUUUAGACUUGAGUUCCAACAUGUUGCAAGAGUCAUUUCCUAUUCCCCCAUUGUCUACAAAUUAUUUUUUUGCCUCAAAAAAUAAUUUUACCGGAAGUAUCCCGCCAAUGAUUUGUAAGAUGCAUGCUCUGGAGGUUCUUGAUGUGUCAAAUAACCAAUUGAUCGGUCAGAUUCCACAAUGUUUGCUUAACUCAAGCAACUCUAUUGUAUUGUCUAUGAGAAAUAACCACUUCCAAGGAAACUUGCCUGAAACAUUCAUAAAUGGAUGUAGUUUGAGGACACUAGACUUGAAUCACAACCAAAUAGAGGGGAAGAUUCCACGAUCUUUGGUUAAAUGUCAAAUGCUAGAAGUUCUGAAUCUUGGAAACAACAAAUUGAACGAUGCAUUCCCCUUCUGGUUGGAGUCUUUACCAGAGUUACGAAUUCUUGUCUUGCGAGCUAAUGGAUUCCAAGGUCCUAUAUGGGAUCCGCAUGUAAAUUUUGGCUUAUCCAAGCUACAUGUCAUUGACCUCUCUCACAAUAAUUUCUCUGGCAAGUUACCAUCAGAGUUCUUUCAAAAUUGGAGUGCAAUCUCAAGGGUCACAGGCUACGACAAAUCAGAAUCAAGGUACAUGGGAAACGCUUCCAAUUACUAUAUAGAUUCACUGACUAUAGUGAAUAAGGGAGUAGAAUUGGAAUUGGUAAAAAUCUUGACCAUAUUCACAGCUAUUGAUCUCUCUGACAAUAGGUUUUCUAGAGAAAUUCCAGAUAGUGUGGGGAACCUCAAGGGGCUAAUUGUACUCAAUUUAUCAUGCAAUAAAUUUAUGAGCCAUAUCCCAUCAUCAUUGGGAAACAUAAUUGCGCUUGAGUCUUUGGAUCUUUCUCAAAAUAGCCUCUUUGGUGAAAUCCCUCAGCAGCUAACAAGUCUCACAUUUCUUGAGUAUUUAAACCUCUCUCAAAAUCAACUUUUUGGUUCUAUUCCACAAGGUGGGCAGUUUCUAACAUUUCAAAGUUCCUCUUUCGAGGGAAACUUUGGUUUGUGUGGCUUUCAGUUGUCAAAGAAAUGUGGAAAUAAUGAGAUACCAACUUCUGAAAUGAGACAUGAAUCAUCAUUAGGAGAAGGAUUUUGUUGGAAAGUGGUAGUGAUUGGAUAUACUUGUGGAUUGGUAAUUGGAUUACUUACCGGACAUGUUGUCACCUCAAGAAGGACUGAUUGGCUAAUGAGAAAUUUUGGAGUGAACUUACGUCGUUGA